AAGUCAAGAAAGCAGAAUGCUAUGAUUUACUCGAAGAAAUAAAGACAUAAAGAAAUUAACACUUCUUAAAAAUCUUUACAAAAAUUUGCUAUAAUACUUUCUAAAGAAUCGAUCUCAACGAUACUCGGUAUCGAUACCACUCACUAUCGCAUUCUACGUUAUAAUUGUAUCUUUGUUUUUAUAGAUAAUUAAUAUUUCUCCUCCUCUUUCUGUCCUUAUCGAAGAUUACUGAUUAUUAUUGACUAUUUUCGUAAAAUUUCCUGAGAAUCCGUAUCUCGCAUGUAUAGAGGGUGAUUCAUUUCUGUCGCGUUCGUCAUGAAAUGACUUCGCCAACAUGGUUAUGUUCGUUCUCUAUUAUUUCGUGCGAUGCCAUGCGUUCGGAAAAGUGCAGCGUCUUUCGAACUUGCGAUUCACUUCCGUUUUGUGCCGAUGACACACGGUGUAACGAGAAAUGGGCACGCAUAGAUAAAUUUUGUUGAUAACUUCUUGGCAAGAGUUACGAGAAACACGUCGAUGAUUUUCGAAAUAUCGCGGUUUUACAUUUUGCACACGUGUUAAUUUUUAGGACGAAUCAUACAUAUUGGUCGCAUUAUUGCCUACUCGUAUUUUUUAAUUAACAAUUUUUUCCUUUUUUUUUUUACAAAGCUACACACAGUGUAACUUGUACAAAAAUGUCAUAUAUGAAAACAUUACCUUUGCUAGAUGGGGCGAAAGUAAUUGUUAUUAACGAAGACAUAGAGGCAGCGCAUGCAACAGCGUUGAUAGCAGGAUGGAUACAUGCAUGGAAGGAAAAGAAUUUUGAUCACAGUAUCGAUUUGCUGUCAUUUGCUGAACCAAAAGCUUGGUACGACAGUGGACCAGAACCACUUACAUCUGCGAAUGUAAAUUUGCAUGAUUAUUUUAAUGUUAAUCUGACCGAAGAUGCUGAGAAGAGAGACUUGGAAAAUCUAGAUCAUGUAUUCACUCUCAAGCUGAAACCUCGGACUACAGUUGUUGUCAACUGCUUGAGUACUUUGAUUCUGUAUGUGGGUUUAAGAAAGGCUAUGCGAUUUAUACAUAAAUUAAGUAAACAUGUGUCACAGUUGAUAUGCAUCUAUCGGAGGGAUUUCAUACACAAUGUUCCUGCAAUUGAAACCAUUGGCAGUACUUAUGUUAAGCUGGAGAAAUUUGUAGGAAUCAUUCCUACAAACAAUUUAAUGUAUAAUGCAAUGCUCACUCAUAGAAAGUUGAAUGGUUCCGUGAUAUGUCAAACAGAAAUAAUAAGACAGGAUAUUGAAUCUUAUCAGAUUAAUGCUGAAAAGAUUACUAUACCAAAUAAUUGCAAAAUCGAAGUGGAACCAGUAAAGAUUGAAGCAUCAUUUAGGAUAGAAAUGAGUGCUCAGGAGAUGGAGCAAAGAGAUAAAACACCUUUACCUUAUACUUUGAAUGCAACAAAUACAUCCAAGAUAUUUUAUCAACCAGAAGAUGUAGAUGAUAUAGAUGAAGAAGAUCCUGAUGAUGAUUUAUGUAUAUAAGUUUAUAAAAAUCAAAGAAUUUGUAUGUGUCAAUGUUAUAUAAUAAUAUAUUUUAUAUAAAAUCAUAGUGUAUAUACAUUUUAUAUAUUACAUUGAGAUAAGUUUUUUCUUAAGGAUAGAUUUUUAGAAACAAAAUGAUAUUGAAUUAAAGAAAGACAGAAAGUUACAAUCCUUUUUCGGGUUAUAUCGUUAAUAAAAUAAGUAUUGAAAAAU